UCGAGAAAGAAAAAUAAAUAUGAUUUUUAUGGUGGGGCGAAUUAAUUUUUUUACGAGCCAAGACGAUUGUUUAAAGUCUACCAUUCCGAUGUGAAAUAAUUAAAUCGGCAAACGACGAGAGAGGAAAGUCUAAUCGAAACGACGGCCGAUGUCCUCGUAGUCAUCGAUAAUGACCGGAGCCGAGGGAAAAGUUCAGCGUCGGUCACGAAAGAGCUGACUAGAAGCUGUCUCUAUCUCUCUCUCUCUCUCCCUCUAUCUCUCUCUUUCAUUCUGUUUCUCUUUCUCCGAUCGUCUCGAGCGAGAAUAUCGUGAUACGCGGGCGUUAAAUUUACCGCUCCCACGCAGAUAUCGCGUUACGCGCGGAGGAACGAGUAUGUUCCACUAGCGAAAAUGUUCGAUUUUGCGCGCUCUCGAGCGAGAAGAGAACCGCGAUACUCUUCGCCGGGCAGACGGCUAAAAAACAGCGAGGGAAAGGGAGAGAGAGAGAGAGAGAGAGAGAGAGAAAGAGAGAGAAAAAGAGGGGGAGAGAGAGAGAGAGAGAGAAACGCCGAUAUCCAAAUCGGUUCCUGCUUCGACGCCACCGCGAGAGACGGUGGCUGCUGAGCAAUAAAACGGCCGUGAGAGGUACGAAGGCAACACGCACGCUCGUGAGAGAAAAAAAGGAGCGAUGCGAAGUGAGCACGAACCAGCUUAAAAGAGAGAGAGAGAGAGAGAGAGAACGAUUUAGAAUGAACGCGUACGAGAGAGCGAGCGAGCGAACGAGAACGAGAACGAGAGAGAAAGAAACGUCCACACGAAUUACAAGUACGAGUGAGAAAGAUGGUAUGAGCAAACACGAACGCGAUGUCCAUGUAUAUGUGUAUGAUAGAGAACGCGGCGCACACGACCGAGAACGGACGAAAGAGAGAGAGAGAGAGAGAGAGAGAGAGAGAGAGAGAGAGAGAGGGAAAGAGAGAGAGAGAGAGGGAGAGAAGAAAGAAAAGAGCGCGCGUAGCCGCAGGCAAGGGCGCGCGUGAGCGGGCAAGCGAGCCUUGUCUCCCCCCUCCCCCUCCUCUUGUCCGCCCGCCCGCCACUACCGCCACUACCACCCCUUCUCCUCCCACACCCCUCAUUCCCCUUCCCGAGCAAGCUCUCUUCUCUCUCGACAGUAGUACCGCCGCCGCCGCCGCCGCCACCGCCGCCGCCACUGCCGCCAGAACGUCGCCCCCCAACCCCUCGGCCCCACGCACGACCAACCACGGCGCGAGCGCCCCUCGCCUCCUCGACCCACACGCGCCAACCACGGCGAAAAGCCGCCAGCGAUCGCUCGUCGCCUCACAGUCCGUCAGCGUUCCUCCUUGCGCGAGCACGCGCGACACAUUUGCUCUCUCUUCCUCUUCCUACUCCCUAUAUAUAUAUAUGUGUGUAUAUAUAUAUAUAUAUACAUAUACAAUACGUUCAUCCUUCUGGCUUCUUCUUCGCUCCACUUUAUCGCGAAACGUUUUUCAUCCGGGUAUCGACGGGCGCGAAUUUAUCGCGUGCUCGCGUGUCAAAUCUUUAUCUCUUUUUCUCUCUUUCUUUCUUUCUUUCUUUCUGUCUUUCUUUCUGUCUCUCUGUCUUUCUCUCUCUCUCUCUGUCUGUCUGUCUGUCUGUCUAUCUUUCUCUUCGCAUUAUAAAAUAUAAUAGUAAUAGUAAAAGUAAUAAAAAUAAGAAUAACGAUAUAUAUGUAUAUAUGCGAGUAUAUAUAUAUAUGUGUAUAUAUAAAUAAACUGAGAGGUGAUCCUUUGACAAUGGCAAAUCGUUUUCGAAAAGAGUGAGAUUGAUUGUCAACGAGUGUCACUUUUGGAUUAAGAAGAACGAGAGGAGUAUAUAUACUGCUCCGACUAUUUGGAUUAUAUUUGUUUGGUUUGGUGUAAAAAAGAGAAAGAACGAACGAAAAGGAAAGUAAAGGGAAAACAUCAUAAGUGCGUGAAGAAAUUUCGAGGAAGGAUUGAAAGAUUUCAGACUGGAUUCUUUACUUUCCAGGACGAGGAUCGCGAGAUUCUCGUCGCACGAAUAGUUCUUUGCAUAUCUGUUUAUCUCUCUUUCUCUAUCUCUCUCUGUCUGUCUCUCUCUCUCUCUCUCUCUGUCGUGAGAUUGCAAAAAGGAGAGAAGAGGGGUAGAAGGGACGAUCAAAAGAGAAAGAGAGAGAGAGAGACACGCGUCGUCUCGUCUCUCCCGAUCUCGCGAGUGACAAGUGGUCGGCGACGCGCGCUUCAACCACGUGGCCGCUGGUGUUUGCGCCGGUGUUGUGUGCUCCCACACGGGGUGUCGAACGCGAUCACGAGAAAAUUUCUCGCUGAGGACUAAACUUUGCUCGUCGGAGUUGUAGUGACAAUCGAAGUUUCUUGUGUUGCUCUGAGACGUUAAGUGGGAGUGAAGAGAACAAGAGAGGGGGGAAAAAAGAAACGAAAAUUAAAAAUAGAAUCGGACAUUGAAUUUCGAAGAAACAAUUUUCUUGGUGAGAAAGGAUAGGAAAAAAAAGGACACAAUCGUUUGUGCAAUAUUAUGAAACUCUUUUAAGAAAGAUCCUCGAACGAACGAACUAUUCUUUUCGAGAUCACGGAAAAGUCCAUACGUACGAUCUCGUUCGCAUUGGACACUGUGAUACGCGAAAUGCUGAGUGCCUCGGCCACCUCCAGACAAGAACGUAGGGUGCUGCGAACGUCGUUUUUGAGGGCCGUGGAGGCCUGCUAAGAUGACCGCACGUCUCCACUCGCUGAGGCACCAGGAGAAGAAAUCAGUCGGUAACAGCCACAGGCAACAUCAUCAACAAUCUCAACACCAACAGGCCGUACAUCAGGGUCCUAGUCCGGCACCCAGUCCCAGUCCUAGCCUUAGCCCGAGCCCGAAACACUCGGACGGACGUCGAGCGAACAAACCACUAAUGGAAAAGCGACGACGAGCGAGGAUCAACCAAUCUCUGGCAGCCCUAAAGGCGCUGAUCCUUGACAGCGCUAGGCUCGAGAAUACGAAGCACAGUAAACUCGAGAAAGCUGACAUCUUGGAGUUGACGGUGAGGCAUCUGCAAAGGCAAAGAUCUCUCGCACAACCUGGCCUGUCCAGGUACAAGGCCGGCUACCAGGAUUGCUCGAGGGAGGUGAGUCGAUAUCUCGAUGCCCCAGACAUCAUUACGGGCAAUACGACGCCGAUGGACCCGGCAGUGAAGCAGAGGUUACUUCGUCAUCUGGACAGUUGCGUGUCCGAGCUUGAUCUAGAUCUUGGAUCGAGGCCUGACAGUGGAUUGGGUAGUAGUCCGGGUAGCGUGACGGAUCGUGUGACCGGAGCUACGAGUCCUGGUCCUUUGGAUCACCACGUGCCACCGACGCCUCAUUGCAGUACGGCCUUGAACCCAGCUGGCUUGAUAAAGUCCGAGAUACCAGAGAUGGAGACGGCCAGGCCGGAUAGUAGCACGACGGCCGGAGACGAGAACAACAACAGUAGCAGGCCGACGUCGGCGUUCAGUCAAGUAAAUCCAGCGGGUCUGGAUCCACAUCACCCUUCCGGUAUACCGGUCGAUCAAGCCUCAACGUCACAGCAAAAUCCGAAUAUGCUGUCGGUCGUUCAGGUGAUACCUUCGAGACUACCUGACGGCCAGGUGGUUUUCCUUCUACCUAGUCACUACGUCCAACUCGCUGCGGCGGCUGCGGCGAACGGCAUCAGCAUCGGACCGAACCCACCAACCGCGAUCUGGGCAGCUACCAACAUGUCCUUGCUCAAAGCGACGGACAAACUAGCCAAAAGACCUCACGAAGAGAUGCAGGAUUGGCAGGAAGCCGCGACUGGUGUGAAACCUAGCAAGAGUCCUCGAAUGCAGGAUCAACCUGAACAGCCUCUCGACUUUACUACCAAUUCGAAGAAAUUGAAGACGGCCUCGAGGACUUCUAUUCACGGAAUACCGGGUGUCGAACAUCAACAGCAACAGCAACAACAGCAGAUACCACCGUCGCGAACGACGACCGACGGAGCGAUCGUUCACGAAGACAGACCCUCUAGUCAUGCGGGUAGUGAAAUCGCUGUUGGAAUGCCAUCGCCAUCGCAGCUCGGUCAACAGGCUGUUAAGGAUGAAGAGAGCAUGUGGAGGCCUUGGUAAAUCGAAUACCUUUGGCCGAUCGAUCGUCGAUCUUAUUUGUAUAUAAAUUACAUAUAUAUAUAUAUAUAUAUAUAUAUAUAUAUGUUAUAUAUGUAUGUAUAUAUAUAGAUUAUAUAUAUAUACUCUCUAACGUUUUAUCGAUGGAGAUUCGAGUGAAACAGCUUCGAUUCGAGACAACAUCCCCUAGUCAAGGAAAAGGCAGACGAGAUGGUUUUUCCUUCGCGUGAACGAUUUCAUCGCAAGGAGCCCAGCAAUCGUCGAAAUUUUUCUCACGACUCGUUGAUACCAACUUGUACAAGAGAAACGUGUAAGUACGUAUAUAUGCAUGUACGUGCGCUAACGCUAGCCGUCUGACGUCAAACUCGAAGUUCUUUCUCUUCUUCGAAGCAGUUUCAUACGAUUCCGAAUGCCAAAGUAGUAAACGAGGCGAAAAAAUUUAACGAUCGUAAAAAAAAAAAGGAAGAAAAGAAAAAAAGGAAGAAAUUAUCCGACGUCUGAUGGAGCUACCGAAUUUUUCCCGAAGAAAAUAAAUAUUAAAAGGAAAGUUUCGUGCAAAGACUUGACUCGAUGAAACGACAACGACAAUGACAAAGACGAUGACGACGACGAUGAUGACGAUGAUGACGAUAAUGACAAUGACGAUGAUGAUGCUGAUCAUGAUGAUGAUGCUGAUCAUGAUGAUGAUGAUGAUGAUGAUGAUGAUGAUGAUGAUGAUGAUGAUGAUGAUGAUAUUGAUGAUAAUGAUGAUAAUGAUGAUGAUGAUGAUGAUGAUGAUGAUGAUGAUGAUUAUGAUGAUGAUGAUGAUAAUGAUGAUGAUAAUGAUGAUGAUGAUUAUGAUGAUUAUGAUGAUGAUGAUUAUGAUGAUUAUGAUGAUGAUGAUGAUGAUGAUGAUGAUGAUGACGACGACGAUGAUGAUGAUAAUGCGUAACGAACGAUAGAUACGUAUCGUAGAUACGCGCGUUAUGUCGUUUAACAAUUAAUUGUAUGUAUGUAAAUGAACGAUGAAAGAAGUUGUAGAGAGCAAUGAAUCGAACGUGCGUAUGCGCGCGCGCGUGUAUGCAUGAGUGAAAUAAAAAAGAAGAUAGAAAAAGAGGAAUGAGUGAGUGAGUGAGUGAGUGAACGAGUGAGUGAACGAGUGAGUGAGUGAACGAGCGAGCGAGCGAGUGAUACGUUAAAUGCGUUUAAAGCGAGACAUCGUGUGUACAUAAUCCCGAUCAGAACUAUUGCUAUUGUCGAGAUAUAGAUUUAUUUUGAUGUUAUCUAGAUGUAUAUGCGUGUAUUAUUAGCAAGAGACUGCGAGAGAACGAGAGAAAGAGUUUGAAGGUGGGGUGGGUGAGGGAGGGAGGGAGGAAAGGGGGGAAGAGUGCGAGAUAGCGAAUAGAGUGAAAGCGUGCGAUAUCGUGAAAUUACACUUGUAGAGACACCAUCAUCUCACCACGUAAACUUACGUCUAUAAUUGCUAAAUAUCUCUGGAAUUCGAAUUCCUUAUUCAAUGUACUUAGACAGGCAGUCAAUAUAGGCAUAUAUAUUGAACUGUAUAUAUCUUAA